AUGGAUACGCAACGGUCGCCACAGAGUACAAAAAAGGUAAAUCGACCAGUAGGUCAAAAACAAUGCUCAAAAUGCAAAUGCAAGGCUCAACUGGACUCAUCUCGGGAUAGUGACGAUGAUUCGGGAAGUAAAAUUACUUAUCGUAAAAGAAAUCAAAGAGAAUUUUGUGACAUCGUAACCGAAAUCAACAACUUCCGUGGGGAAUUAAUCUCAAUACUCGAGAGCAACUUGUCAACGAUGCGCGAUGAUAUAUCUGCAAUGAAAAAUCAAAUUAAUGAAAUCAAAACAUCAACUAAAAAAAUGCUAGCAGAACAAAAAAGUGUAAAAUCUGAAAUCAUAGAACUAAAGAAGAAUAACUCCAUUGCAGAAUCCAAAAUAUCUGAGCUUGAGGCAAAAUUGAGCAAGCUUGAGUGUAUUUCGACCAAACCCCGUAUCCCAGACGUUCUUGAUAACAAGGAAAUCAUCAAUGAACUGCAGGAAAGGGCCAAUAGAAGUGUGAAUAUUAUAGUCUUUGGUAUAAAUGAACAAACUAAUGCUGAUAGUUCUGCACGCCAAGCCAUGGAUCUGAGUCUUGCUCAAAAAAUUUUUCAGAAUGUGACAGCUGAAAAUCCUAAGAUAUAUAAAACUAUGCGACUGGGCAAAUACUCUAAAGGAAAAAACCGACCGCUUAAGGUGAAAACUAAAGCUUGUAAAACUUGUAUUCCAGAAGUCAGUGUUUUGGAACAUAAGACACAACAUCUAGGUACUAGGUUCGGUGAUUAA